GAUUUACCUCCAGCCAAAAAAAUCUACCUAUUAAUAUUUUGUAUUUUAAUUUUGCCGAACGGACAUCACAUUCGUCAAUUUUCCAGAGUUGUUAUACUAACAGCAUUGCAUCAUGAAUACGACGUUCAAUACAUCUGGGUACGUUUUGAAAUAUUUUGGAAAAUACGAAUUUAUUCAGGAAUCUCCUGGGUUGGCAAUUACAUGUAUUGUUUUACAGACUAUUGCGUCUGUUGUGGGAACAUUCGGAAAUGCUUUAAUUUUGAUUAUAACAGCAAGAUCGAAGGGAACGAUGACAAUGCAGUCUAUAUUUAUCAUUAAUAUAGCAAUAUCAGACAUGUACGUUACUCUGAUGGCAAAUCCAAUGAGCAUUGUUGGUAAAGUGGAAGGCCGAACAUUCUUCCUGCAAUAUCCAAUUCUGUGCGAGAUUAUUGGGAAAAUGUGUACCAUUUCAUGUAUUGUGUCUCUGGGGUCCAUCACAUUUCUCAGUUUCAACAGAUAUAUAUUAAUUUGUUACAACUCUUAUUACGAGAAAAUAUUUACUCGAACAUCAUGUAUCAUAAUGUGCAUAUCACUGUAUUUCCUUGGAAUCAUUAUGGUUCUACUAAAUUACGCUGGAAUUGGCGGACAUGGUUUUGAUGACAAAAGUUUGGAAUGUAUUUGGGACAGAAAGGCAACGUACAGUUUCACAGUGUUUUUUUCUGUUUGUCUUGUGUGGAUUCCUUUGAUCGUUGUAGGAGUUUCUUACUUCAAACUGUUUUUGUUUGUCCGACAUAAACGAAAACAAGUAACAAGUAGAAACAGCGCACCAAACAUUGAUAAUAAAUCCCUGCGCCUAGCAAAAGCAAUAUUUAUUGUGUAUGCUGUAUUUUCAAUCUGUUGGAUACCUUUUGCCAUAUUGCUUGUAGCCGAUACGGAUGAUACAUUUCCCCACGAAGUGCAUCUUGGCAUCACAGUUUUUGCCCAUUUUCAUCCAUCAUUCAAUUUUUUUAUCUAUUAUUUUUCAAAUAGAAAAUUUAAAACAGAGUUUCAUAAAAUAUUCCAUAUUGUCAACAAAGAAAAUAGUCAAGUUUCGCUAUCGUCUGUCACGAAAAUCAAUAUGAAAUCAUCUCUAUCUAAUAUGAAAUCAUUUUCAACGAACAUGAAAUCAUCUUCAUCUAAUAUGAAAUUAUCUUCAUCUAAUCUGUUCCCAUCUGCAUCUAAUAUCAAAUUAUCUUCAUCUAAUCUGUUCCCAUCUUCAUCUUAAGAUGAAAUUACACCUUAUAACAAGGAACCCGUCCAGGUAACAUACGAUGCUAAAAAAAAAGAAACCUUUUGGUAU